GGGGUUUGAGUCGCAGCGACGUUGAGAACAUGUUUCUAUACUGGAAGCGAAGAAAGCGCGAUAGCGGAUAGUCCUGUCACCUUAAGAUUAAUCUUGAAUUCUUUUAAAUGUCAAAUCGCGAUUGAUUUUCCGUCUCCGGCUGAUAUAGAGUUCUAGCGAGUCGCAAGUCGCUGCAGUCGAUUUGGUCCGACUGUGCCGAGUUGUUUGUGCAGUUCACACUCGAGUAAUGCUCCUACGGUUUCGCGACGUGGAGUCCGUCCAUCAUGGGCGAAAUACCUCCUAGGGCGCCCAUGUCGCCUUUAAAGCUGCAUGCGGUUUUCGUGCUGGCUUAGUUGGCUGCUUAGCGAGUGAAGCCGCGCAUUCCGACAGCGAUGGAGGAGCGGCCAAACAACAGCCGCAGCGUCCCGGACCCAGUUUCGCGACGGUUUCUGUCAUCGGACGAUCAGAGCACCAGCGAUGGCACCAGUGCGGAUACCGGCUUCGUCCGCAACGUGUUCUCGACGGGCGGAGCUCAGGCUUCUGUCGACUCGACAUCGAGCGACAGCAGUGACUGCUCAGCCCUUGCGGGAACCAGCGCGGAGAGGCCGGGCUCGCCACCCGGUUCGCCCGCUGCUGCGUUGCCACCGCCAGCUGCUGCUGCUUGUUGCGCCCAGGGACCCAAGUUCAAACUAACACACGAAGGCGACGUGCAGCUCUGUAGGCUCAACCACAGCCGUACUGUCAUCAGCAAAAUCCUUAGUUCCAAGUUUCUUCGGCGCUGGGAGACGCACAGAGUUGUUCUCGGCACAUCGGAGAUGUCAUCGAAGACGCCUGGUGGCUUCAUGGAGCAGCCAGUUAGUUACAGCUCCAUGGAAGAUGUGUAUUCCUUGUGUCGAUGGGACCCUAGUCACAAAUUCUGCCUCCGUGUGGUCAUUCCUGAGGGCUCCCUUCUGCUCCAGGCGGCCAAUGUAUACUUGCGUGAUCAGUGGCUACACUCUAUCCUCUGGAAUAAAAGCCUACUGAAGCAUGAAAAGAUUCUUAUGACGUCACGAAGGAUAGAAGUUGUGACUAAAGAAUUGAAGAACUUGGUUGAACUUGCACUAACCACACCCCUGCAAGACAAGAACAUCUACCAACGUCCCCUAGAAGUUAUAUCCAAGUUCCUUGUUCAGAGCAGAGAAUGGCUUUUUGCUAAAGAUGUCGAAGCUGUCAUCAAUGCAAUUCUUCCACUGUUGGAGAGAACGACGCCUUCUCCUGAGAUAUGCGAAUAUUUUUGUAAGCACUGUAGAGAAUGUCCUCGAUCAAAGUUGGUUUUUGAGAUGUACACUCCUGUGGUUCAGCGAAUACUGAAACGCAACAUGGAUUUUGGCAAGUACCCAAUGACACGUAUGCUUGUCCAGGAAUACAUCCAGUCAUUAAACUGUCAGAAUUCUGGAUUGGAGGCUGUGCAGGAAUUCGUGCGGAGUGUUCAUGGUGAAGGGAGCACAUGUCCACAUCCUCGAGUUCUGCCAAACUUGGUGGCUACGGUGCUGGCUGGUGUAUUUGCCUUAUUUGAGGCUCGCCGAAACCCUGAAGAUCAUAAUGAUGUAUCGCAUUCUACAAGUGACUGGGAAGCCAAGCAUGAUUGCUUCGUGAAGGUGUUAGAUGUGAUUGCGAACUAUGAAGAUUGGCGUCUACCACUUGGUCAGCUUUUGCAGCCCCUGCCUUUUCCAGAUGACGCUUUUGUCUGCCAGCGGUUCACUCUGGGCCUGGAGCCUAUAGUCGAAUGUCUUGGCACGGACUCACGAUGUGAGGUGCACAGUGUGGUGCUGGGUGCACGUGAUGGAAAAGAUGGCUGGCUGCAGCUGUACAGCCCAGGUCGUCCAGCCUGCCAGGACGGCGGUGCCCUCUGGAGUCAGCUGCUGGGCACCUUAGUAGGAUGCGGGUGUGGUCGACGGCGUGCCUUUUUGGGACCGCUGGCAAAGUGGCUUGAUGCUCUGCGCGAGCGCGCCAUGGCUGGUGACGCUGCCUGCCAGAUGACACUAUGUGCCAUGUUAGAACUGGGUGCCCUCGAGUCACCAGAGGCACGACUUCAAGCUGGUGCCGCCCUCCAGAGCUCUCCCCACUAUGGAGCACUGUGCAUGCGCCAGGGCCAGGCACGCCAGCUCCAGCAAAAAGGUGGCCCCACAAAGCUUACGCUGCCUGCACGCUCCACGGAUGCUGACUUGGAGAAGUUGCUGAGCUGUGGAUCAUUUGGAAACCUGGAAUGUUUGUCACUGGCCUUUACUCAAGUGACGAGUGCUUGUGCUGAGCACCUCAUCAAGCUUCCUUCGUUACGCUAUCUUAACUUGUGGUCUACACAGUUUGGCGACUCCGGGUUGAAACUCAUCUCAGAGCACCUCCCAAAGCUUCAAGUGCUCAACUUGUGUGAAACUCCAGUCACUGACAAAGGGCUGUCAUCACUUGAAUCAAUGAAAAGCUUGCGAAAACUGAACUUGAACAGCACCAGUUUGUCUGCACAAACAUUUGAGUGUCUGAAAGAGAAGCUGCCAGCACUACAGGAGUGUGAUGUGCGGUACACAGAUGCAUGGUGAUCAGUGCCAUAAACACCUUCAAACCAUGUUUGUUGAGGAGGGAGCCUAAGUUGUCUUCUGCCACCGUCCUGCUGGAAUCCUGUAUUUGGUGUCUUCUGUGGUCAUCGAACUUGUUCCUAUACCUGGUAUUUUAGAUAUAACUUGCCCAUUUCCUUACCCAUGUUCUCUAAGGCUAGAAACUUGUAUUGUGAUGAGCCUGCUAUCUAACAUUCCUUUGAUCUUCUGCAAUUGGUAUAGACCUUUCACUGUUAGUAUUCUGAGGUUGUAAUGAUUAUUCCUUGCUUGUCACAUUUCCAGGGUUCUUGUAAUGAGUGUCUUUUUAAAUAAAACUUUAUUUAUAGGUAUUCAAAAGUAUUGUGGUAGUGUUAUUUAUUAAUUUAUUUUGCCAAUUAGGGUUUAUGAAAGAUAUUGCAGCCAUGCAUUUAACUUUUUUAUUUCAUUCUGCAUGUACACAUGGUGUGCUGUUAUUGAUAAUGGCAUUCUUGUCUUGCCUCGCCAUGGUACUUGUGUAUUUGUUUCCACCUGUAAGCUGUUUUCUGUUUUGCCAUGGAGAUCCCAUUAUUAUAACUGUGAUCGAACGCCAGUUGCAGCGUAGCCUGCAGCUCAUUCAAGGUGAUUAUUGACCUGUGCUUUUUGUGCAGGAUUCAGAUGGCUUGUCUGCCUUAAAUUUUAGGCAUGCCAAUAAAAAGACAAGAGGCUGCUUUCAAGUACCGGAAAGCUGACUCUAAGCUCGGACAAAUCGCUGGAGUACUUUUUUUUAAACAUUGGUUUACAUAAACCUUUCAGAGAAGGGCAUUAAUGCAUUACUUUGUCAUCAUUGUUUCUUAUGAUCCAACAAUUUGCCAAAACAUGCCUAACUGCUUUGUAUUAUAUUGGCAGUGAAACUUGUAUCUGAGAUGUCAUGUAACAUAUUCAAUGUAUAUUGUUUGUAGAUGUGUAUGUAUCAAAUAUGUUCAGGGAUAGUAUACUUUCUGUAUGCAUGUGUAUAUAUAUGCAUUGUGUGCCAUGUGCAGCUGAAACAGGUUCAAUCUGUGGGCCAUCAAGGGCUUGGAAGUAUCAUUUUACUUUUGACCGCUCAGAGUGCUGUGCUGUGUUGUAUUGGUGAUCGUGUCUUGCCAGAAUAUAUUAGAGUACUACUGUAUUAAUUUAUCAAUAAUACUAUAUCAUGUAGAUGCACUAGUAGCCUGUAAAUGUAAUUCUUGUAUGCUAAGCUGCCCGUAGAACAAGGUGUAAUUAGUGAGAAGUUGCGAUUGAUGUAGUUUUGCCUGCAUAUUAUAAUGCAUCAUUUUUGAGUAAUGAGGUGCUGCAUGUCUAGAUAUAACACCAAGAGACCCCAAACGAAUUCUUGCAGCCUACGCUGCUGUGUUCUAAGUCUUUGCCUGCUGUGGGGACUCAGCAUGGUGCUUGGCUUCAUUCUGGGCUAUAUGCCAGGCCUAUGCUCUCAGUCAUAACGAGCUUCUCUUUUCUGGACCCUUUUGAGUCUCCUUUUUCACCCUCCUCCCACCCUGGUUAAGGUUGUGUCCUUACUCUCUGAGCUUGCAUGGGACAACAGUGGUCAAAUGAAACACAGGUGCCAGCCUGUGUCGUUCGAACAGUACAAAGUAGAGCGCAUAUAUAUAUAUAUAUAUAUAUAUAUAUAUAUAUAUAUAUAUAUAUAUAUAUAUAUAUUCUGUAAAAAGCUGCUGCAAGGGGGCCCAUAUUCUGUGAACACUGAUGUAUAUGUAUGCAGGAAGGCGUUCCUUUGGACAAAUUAAAAACACAGCAGACUCUCUUUAAGAUGAACCUGAGUGGGGCCUUGAAAAUUUGCUUGUUCUAUCAGAAGGCUAGCUUCACAGAUUCAUUUGUAGGAAAUAAAGUAGGGGUUCCCUAGCUGUCUAUUUUAUAUCAAAACUUGGCUAAGCAGAGUUCAUCUUAAAAAGAGCCUGUUGUAAUUUGUCUUAUAGUGGCACUUGAUUUUUGGAGCACCUCAAACAGUGUAAGGUACAAAAGUUUUCUGGUCUUAUAGGGUCGUGAGUGCGACGAAAAAAAAAAAAACGGUAAAAGGUGUCUCGUUUUAUUUGGAUGUCAAUCUUUUCUUUUCCCUGCUCUCUUGCUAAUGGAAAAUUCUAGUAGAGCUGUGAAAAGAUGUGGAGGAGUGAAGUGCUGCUCUGGUGAGCUGGCGAACUAGGGCUCAUUUAGUGCCACAGAAAGUUGCCUGCCUGGCUCACUAAAAUGUGAGCUUUGAAAAUGAAAACAAGGAAUGAGCAGCACACAGCUUUGACUUUCUGCUGCAGUUGUGUCAAAAAAAAAAAAAUCUGCCUUAGCAAGCAACGUACAAACCAUCUGUGUGCUUUCAGACUAGGUUUCACAAAACAUUUACACUCUUUCUUGUAAACCUGCUUACUUUUUCUUGGCCUCUGCAGUGUAGUAUUUCCUCAUGUAGCAUAAAUUUUUGUGUAGCCUUUUUUUUUAUGCUGCCUUUCUGACCUUCUGGUAUCAAGUUCAACACUUAUCACCUGAACAGCACAAAUCAUGGGGGAAACCUGAACUCUUGAGUGCUAGCUCACUUGACACAAAAAUAUGUACAAAUUACUGCUUUCACUGAUAAAGUUUAUGAAUUCAAAGUGUUGUCCAUCUUGCAGGCUUAGCUUUUGAUGUACAAAUGUCUUCGCAGUGUUCUGUAUGUUAGUUUAGUGCUUGGUGGGUUUGCUGCAAUAUGUAGUGUGGCAUUCACGUUGCUUGUGUUAAACUUUCUGCCCAGGCAAAAAUAUAGAUUUUUGAAAACUUCAAGUUGUUUACUCUGAUUAUGCUUGCAAGGCAUAAAAUUUCAAUUAAUUAUGAUGGAGAUCAAACUUGUUUUGCUGCUUUAUGGUUUUUGUGACUUGUGUAUAUGCUGACAAGUUCAAUUGGCUUCAAUGAUUCUUGACUAGCUCAUGAACACGAACAAGAGGUGUGGUCCUUCAUAUGAAUGCUUUGAUCCAUAAAAAUAUAUUUUUGUGGUUUGUAUAUCAUGAUGAAAAAUCACUAUGUGUGGUGACUGUCUUCUUCCUUUCAUUGCAUAGCUUGAUACUGCUCACGUGUGGGUGUCUCAUCACUUGCUUUUUACCAUGCUUAUAUGCCAAUACACAUCACACAAACCUUAUAAGGGCAGCGUGAAAUCACAGCAUGCAUGCUUGGUUCUCUUGUGCUUGGAUUCGAAAGGUCUCACGUUAAAAAUGUGCGGGUGUUCAGAGAACAUUGAGCAUGCAUAAUACAAUUCUGCAUACUUUAUUGGGUGGAGUAGUUCAUCCACUGAUGAUGUUACCGGUGUAAAGAAUGCGAUGUGGAAGUGUAAUAUAAGGGAAAAUGGCAAGCAUUUGCUAAAUUACAUAACACAUUCGUUGCUGCCCUCAUCUGGUGCAUGGGGCGUGUCAUGCACAAUAAUGCGCAAGCGUGGCAAUGCUUAAAACAAGUUUGUUGUGUACUUGCAUUUAGACAAUAUACAUACAGGUAACUUUGUUUGUGUGAUGUAUUGUGGAUAUUUAUAACUUUGAAAGAGAGCAAGUCUGACAUACUCUGGACACUCAUGUGCACCACUUGCCGGGAGUAACUGCUAAAAUUAAAUUUGGGAGCAUUGCAUUUGACACUGUUCAUAAUACCCCCUCUUAUUCAUUGAAAUCCUUUUGUCUAUGAUCUCUACCUUGAAUAUCUUGUUCAUGUAUGUGCUUAAUGUCUGUUGCUUCAGUUUCUAUUGCUGUAUUAAAUAUAGAUUAUGUUUAUGAA